CUGAGAUUUUUUGGACGGCCAGAUCUCCACUCAAUCUGCCCGGGGCAGUCACGGGCAGGUGCCCGGAUACCCCCACCGCCAGGUGUAGUGCCUUCUUCCUUCUCCCCCUCCCAUUUAAGAUUCUCUUUUUUUCAUUUCAGAAUUAGUAUUAUUGUGGUUGUUGUAGUUGUUAUUCCUCGUUUGGAUUUUGGAAUUUAAGAAACGUUUUGAUAAAUCAUUUUGAUGGCUGCCGUGUGUGGCGGUGAAACAGAGACCUCGGCUCCGGUUGAGCCCAGCCCCGUCGGAGCCAGGCGGCGGCGGAUGGAGAUUCGCCAGUUAUGCUACACGGCGGCCCCGCCUCUGGAGAGGAAGCGCCGGAGGCUUGCGGAUCUCCGCUCUGCCUCUUCGUCGCCGGAGAGUGAAGGCAAAUCGGAAAUCUGUGACGUUAGUGGAAGAUGUUUGAAGCGGCGGAAUUCGGAACUCAGCGAUACCUUUCAGGCUUCUAAGCUCCGUGAGGAGGGUGAAGAAGGGGAUGAGAAAUUUGAGGCAGUUAUCACUACCGAAGAUCCGGCGGCCGAUACGAACUGCCAUGAAUCCGUGACGAGCUCUGCAAUUGAUCUGGAUUGUCCGAGAUUCGGCUUGACAUCUGUUUGCGGAAGGAGAAGGGAUAUGGAAGACGCGGUGGCGGUCCAUCCCUAUUCUCUGCGUCGGAAUCAUGACAACUCGAAGAGAUUUCACUUCUUCGGCGUGUACGACGGCCAUGGUUGCUCCCAUGUCGCGAUGAAGUGCAGAGAUCGAAUGCACGAGAUCGUCCGGGAAGAGCUCGUGGAAGGUGAACCUCUGUGGGAGGAGGCGAUGUCCCGAAGCUUCUGUAAAAUGGACCAGGAAAUUACCGAAUUGUCCGCCGGAGCCGACUCUGUCGCAGCCGAACGCUCCAGUUGCAGGUGCGAGCUGCAAACUCCCCAAUGCGAUGCGGUCGGAUCCACCGCCGUAAUCGCCGUUGUAACGCCGGAAAGUAUAGUCGUAUCGAACUGCGGUGAUUCUCGAGCCGUGCUUGGCCGGAAUGGAUCCGCCGUCCCACUCUCCGUCGAUCACAAGCCGGAUCUACCGGAUGAGAUGAAGAGAAUCGAAGACGCCGGCGGCCGCGUCAUUUACUGGGAUGGGCCACGGGUUCUCGGAGUUUUGGCAAUGUCUCGAGCCAUUGGCGACAAUUAUUUAAAACCGUACGUGAUACCGGAGCCGGAGGUGACAAUCACGGAGAGGACGCCGGAGGACGAGUGUUUGAUAAUUGCAAGCGACGGUCUGUGGGAUGUUGUCUCGAACGAGACAGCCUGCGGCGUUGCCCGUAUGUGCUUGCGACAAGGAAAGUCUCGAUCGCCGGCGGUGUUGCCGGAAAAAGAUCUCGCACCACCGGACGCCGCCGGGGAAAGCCCGGAUAAGGCGUGCUCUGAUGCGUCAAUACUACUAACUAAGCUGGCCUUAGCACGGCACAGCACCGAUAACAUAAGCGUCGUCGUCGUCGAUCUGAGAAGAGAUCCCGGCAGGAAGCUGACAUGAUGAUCAUUGAUCCAUGAUUAAUUAUUAAUUAAUUUAUUUAUUAAUCCUUAAUUUUUUUCCCUUCUUUUCUCAUUCGAAAAAUAGAACUGUUAUUUUGAAUGGCCUUCUUUUGGAAGUUAUGUAAUUACGUUUUCUUUUGAGCCGUUGUUUGGUUUACUGGUUUUAACGGAGUGAUUACAUUAACAUUUUAGUAAAAAUAUAUACUGUAUUUGACAAAAUUAGUUUGAAAAAUAAUGAUUUGAAUGUCAAAAGACACAAUAAAGGAAACAAUUACUC